AGCAAAGUAGCGAGUGGGAGGCUCGGUAAGGGUUCAACACUGUGGACGUUUAUUGCUCUUCCAUGUGGAAAUACAUAGUGGUUGUUGGAUUUGGAUUCGGAUGGUCAUGAUGGUUCAGGUUUGAGAACGAGGCUUUUCAGGCAGUUUACCUGACAUUGGGAACAGAUUCAGAUCUGGAGAGGCUUUUAAAUUCCCUUGUAGUCCAUCAAGAUGGAUGAGCAGGCCAAUCCAUUGGAGAGAAACCACUCUCUGUCUGUGGUUCUGCCAGGGGGGCUGGAGAAGAAUGCCACAGUGCAUGGAAGUAAACCAGUGAUGGACCUACUGGUGACCCUUUGUGCAAGUUACCAUCUGAAUCCGUCAGACUACACCGUUGAGGUUCUCUCGACCAACAAGAACAACAUCAGCUUCAAACCAAACUCUCCUAUUGGCUCACUGGAGGCGGAGACGAUUGUGCUGAAGCCCAGAGGGAUGGAGGAAAAGAUCAGGAGGCAGUAUAUGCCUGAGGCAUCUGUGCGUCUGUUGAUCAACUACAAUAAGUCCCAUAAGGCCGUGGUGCGGGUGAAUCCCAGAGUGCCCCUUGAGAUGCUGCUGCCUGUCGUGUGUGACAAGUGCGAGUUUCAAGUUGAAACAACCGUCUUACUGCGAGACUCUCAGUGCCAAGAGCCGCUGGACCUGACCAAGACCUUAAAUGAGCACGGACUGAGGGAAGUGUUUGCCAGAGACGCAGCUGGCCCCCAACACACACCCACCACACCUGAACCAGCUGUCACGCCAACAGUGGUCAUCUCCCCCCCUCCAGUACGAGACGUGGCAACGAAAGAAAAGAAACCGAAGGACAACACAGGAUUCCUCAGCUUAUUCCGAAAGAAGAAACAAGCAGAAAUGGACGGGGCGAGGAGUGCCCCAGCUUCUCCUGGGUGCAACAAACCAGGGGGAGUCAUUAUGAAAGCGCAGGGUGUUUCCACUUUUACCACUCUGCCGACUGAUAUGCCCAAGAAGAGACGAGCCCCUCAGCCGCCCAUGGGUGCAUCCCAGAGCGUCCCAAACAACCUCGCCACCUGUCACGUAGGAGGAUCACAGAGGUCUGCAGAAUGCACCAUCAGGAGUACCAAGAGGAGGGCCCCUCCCCCUCCCGGUGCAAACACCCAGCAGGAGCUGCAUGCACACGCAGAGGUUAAAGGGACUGUAGAUUCCCUAAACACUGUGGAGGAGCUGAGUGAAACCGCUGAGUCACACUCUGUAAACCUAUCACUCCCCUCAUCUUCAUCACCCCAUCAAUCACAUCCACGGUCAUCCUCCUCACGUCCAUCAUUUGCUCAUCUGCACAAAGUGGCUGAUCCAUAUCUCCCUUCGUUUCGAGGGAAAGACAUAUCUGACGCCCGCUCUGCUCUAGCAAAGGUCCUGACAUCCUCUGUGUCCAAAGGAACUCUGACCAAACGUCUGAGGAAAUCUGCCACAUUCACUAAAUCCUACAGUGGCUCCUCCUUUAUGUCUGUGUCUCAGAAGUGUUCUGAUAAUGGGGUUUUCUGUGCAGAACCUGAAUCUGUUCUAACAUCCAACCUCCCUACUGAGAAUGAGUGGGACGAUCCCACCCAGAGGAAAGGAAUGACCACGUUCAAAGUGGUCCCCUUGAAUAAACAGCAGUCCCAUAAUGCUGCACUCACCCCAGACCAAAUAACAGAAGAAGAUAACCCUGAGAUUAGGGGAAAUCUAAACGAGACUGAGGAUCCAUGUUCUCCUGACAGAUCAGUAACUGAAACACCUUUGCAGAGUCCAGAACCCUUUGCUGAGGACAAAACGGAGACUGAAACAACUUCGCAGAGUCCAUACCUGUCUUCUGAGGACAGAUCAGAGACUGAAGCAACUAUUCAGAGUCCAGAUCCCUCUUCUGAAGAUAAGACAGAAACUGAAACACCUUUGCAAAGUCCAGACCCUUCUUCUGAAGACGAGAUAGAAACUAAAACACCUUUGCAAAGUCCAGACCCCCCUGCUGAGGACAAGACAGAGACUGAAGCACCUUUGCAGAGUCCAGAACCUUCUUCAGAAGAGAUUGAGGCUUCUGACAAGCCAGCUUCUCUUCCACCUCCACAUGAUUCAGACUGUUGGGAUAGUCCAGUCUCGUUUCUUUCUGACGUUGGGGACGCGGUUAAAAAGCAAACGGAAAAGGAGGAACCUGAAGUCCCAUGUGAGGCAUCACUAGCAGCACCGGCAGAUUGCCGCGAUGGAGAACUCGGCAGUGACAAUCAGACCAACUCAGCAGACCAGACGGAGUGUCAGAGCCCCAGUGGACAGUCCGUCAGUACAGAAGUGGGCCGUUGUGCUUUGUACUCUUAUGAAAAAGAAGUCAAGGGGGAAGUGGUACAACAAGAGGAGGACUUUUUCCCUCCCCCUCCUCCACCUAUCUUCUUUGAUGAAGACAUGGAGGCCAUAGAGGAGAAGAGAGGAGGUACUAGAGCUUCCUCUCUGCCUUCCAGAUUUGCACAGGCGGUAGCAAUGGCCGUGCAGAGGUCCCGUCUCCAGAGUCAUGGCAAAGGUUCUGGCCCUCCGGCCACCAUUGGUCCACACAGUACACUUCCCUCAUCACCCAGGUCCACAUACCAAUAUGGUGCCUGACUGCUCCCUCUCACGGCGGGGAAUAGAAGUCCUUGUUUAGGGUGAAGCAUCCGAGCGAGGACACCAGUCUCAGUGUUUAAAUCACUUAAACACAAUGUCGGCUGAAUAACAAGACAAACUGCAUCAGUUUUAUGACAACAAGCAGCUGACUUGGUUUGUCUGAUUUAUUUUUUUAUUUGUAUUAUCUCUUUUGUGCAAGACACCUCAUUGUCUCAUUUUACAUUGGACUUCAAGUUCACAGGUUGAACAUAAACAUUUUCUGUUGUCAGUAAGCCAAAUGUACAGGACAUGAGUUGUUGAACCGACAAUGUUUUGUUUUCUUUUUUCUUUUCUUCCUUUUGAAUUUUCAUUGAAGAUGUGCCAAGGCCGGACUCAACGCUGACGUGAGAGCUUUUUAGUUUGUGUUCAUGUAAAACAAAAGAAAUGUACUCGCAGUAAUAUGCUUAUUCUAUGUUUGUGCCAGAAUUAGUUUUUUUUUUUUUUUUCCUGAGGGUGUACAUUUGUGUGCUUCAUGACAUUUAUAAUGCAGUAAAACUCAUGAACUUAGUUUCAGACUGGUUUGUUGUUCAGUCACCAGGUGGCAGAAGAGCAUUAUUUCCACAAAAAAAAAAAAGGGAAUAUCUUGACAAUGUCCAUUUGUGAGGUCUUCUUUAUCAUGAGUUCUGGUGGAUGUAUUACAAGUGACACACUUUUUAUAAUUUUUAAUGAAAAAAGCAGUAGUAUAUUGUUUUCUUAUUACUCAGGAAUGUUAACAUAAAACCAUAUUCUAAUAUUUAAUUACCAAUAAACGUCUUAGUAAUUCUUUCCAUCUCUGCCAAAUCAAUUUCGAGGAAUAAAAAACAGUGCCUUUUAUAUGAUUAAUGGGGACAUGAGAAUUUUUGCAAUUUCCAGCAACAACACCCAAAACCAUCCUUGGAAGCAUCACUUUUAUGCCAAGCAUCUAAACACCUUCCUGAAUAAACUUAGUCCACUUUG